AUGCGCGCCACCACUCCUUUGCUGAACCUGAACAUGAACUUUGGCGUUCGUUUGGCCUUCGACAAGGGCCAGGCUACUGGUCCCUUCGUGUGUGGCCGUGAGAAUGUCACAGCAAAGGAUGGCACCACAGCAGGAGCCCAACACGGACAGGUCCUGACCGAGCGAGUGAAGCCCAAGUUUUGCGGCGAUGGCUCUCCCUUCGAGGAGCCAUUCGCGACGAGCUGUUCGAAGGGACGAGCCGUUCGCGAAUACACUGCCUACGGUUACAACGUGGGCUGCAACAAGCUGGGCAACUAUCCCUUCCCCAUGGACCCCGUGAAGCUUGGUUGCGGAUAUUUGCGGAUGAUGGGCGGGUACUACAACAAGAAGGGCUCCUGCCAAGCCACUCAGCCUGGUGGCUACUGCCCGGGUGUCGUUCCCAAUGGCAAUGGCACCUGCACCUGGAACUAUGAGGAAGCAGGCGAGAUCGACCUCAACGAGUUCCUCGGUGAAAUCGCCAGGACUCCGUGUCGAUACGUCUCCAGGCUUGUGGGUAUCAAAGACUACAACUCUUGGAGAUGGUCUCAUCGAGAAUACGAUCCUGAGACGGACAAAGGGAUCGCUUUCAGCUGGUGGGAUGGCAUCGACAAUGCCACGGCCAACGCGGAGCGUGUCCGGCAGGCGGUGAAGCUCUUCAACAGCAGGUAUCCUGACCUGCCAACGGUCGAGGAGCUGGAUAAUCCGCCCUGCGACUUUGACUUCGGAUUGUUUUACAAGAUCUGGUACCGAAAGGAUGCUUGGAUAGGUAGCAUCUCUUGGAUCCGGCAUGAAGGCUUGAAGCUGCACCCCACCUGGUACGUCCCCUUGACGCCCAGUGCCUCCGACGAGGAGAUCCAGCGCUUGCUCUACCAGCUCGGCCGCUGGGCUUUGGACCCUUUUGACAAGGCACCUGCCUUCGUCCCUGUGGCGAGGGCGAAGAGGUCUCCAGUCCAGGUCUCCAUUGCCGUUGUGGUGGAGGCCACUUACACUCCAGCACCCAUCUUCGAACAACGCCCUGCGCUCCUCGCUGUUCUGGAGCCUCGCCGAGUACUGCCCAGCCUGCAAUGCCGGCUGCUCCUUGCCAUGAGCCUCCUGAGCCCUGGCCGCUUCCUCGCCAACCUCCAGGUCAGUCGCUCCUUUGGGAUCAAGGCACGGCACCGUGGCUGCGUGUAUGUGCCACGCAAGGUGGCAAGAGCCUCCUUGACGAAAGCUCUUCGGGCCACGCAGAAGAAUGCAGACCACAGCCUCUUGCUGCCACCCUUCGUCUCCGCCACUGAGCUGCGAGUGCUCUUCAGGCUGGACUAUGCCAACACCAUGCGCAUUUUAGGUGUCCGUUCGAUGAACGGGAAGUACUACUGGAAGGACUUCCAGAAUCGCGAGUUCGAGUCGGCCUCCAAACGGAAGGUCCUUUUGCCCUUUGACAUGGUGGCCUACCCACUGCAGAAGUUCGGCUACCAGUCCAUGCUGGUGGAUGUGGAGCCCGAUUGGCCGACGCCUGUGGCAGAUCCCAAGGCGAUCCCAGUGGUGGUCGUGUUGGGCCACAUCAACCACGGGAAGACCACACUACUGGACUCGCUCUGUGGCACGCGGGUGGCUCCAGAGGAGCCGGGCGGCAUCACGCAGGACGUUCGCGCCAUGACAGGCCAAGUGCUCGGGGACGAGAUGGAACUGCACCUCCCAGGUGCCGCAACGAAGGAGGCCCCCGCGGCCAUACAGAGCAGCCCAAAGGACCUGGAGGAAUCAGGCCUCGCGAGCCGAAUGACCUUCUUGGAUACCCCAGGCCACGAGGCCUUCGAACUCUCGCGUGGUCGCACCAUGGCGGCCGCCGAUGUGGCCGUGGUCGUGGUCUCUGUGGAACGGGGCGCCGAGCUGCAAACAGAGGAGGUUCUGAUGCACGCCUCGAAAUGGAAGGUGCCGGUGAUCUUCGCACUGAAUAAGAUCGACCUCCCGGACUGCCACUUGGAGCUCACCCGCGCCGAGUUGCGCAGACAAUGCCAACUUCUACACGAGCACGGCCUGGUAGAUGUGGAUUGGACACAAGAGGCCGAGCAAGCCAUCCCCAUCUCUGCGCUGUGGAAGCAGAACCUCGAGGAGCUGGUCGGCCGCAUCCGGCAGGUCACCUCCAAGAUGCCGCUCCCGUUGCGGCGGCCCAUCAGCUUGAGCAGCACGCCUGGAGAGGCACUACGGUGGAAGAAUGUGGCGAAGAGGACCGAUUUCCUCCAGGGAGUUGACGGUACUCCUUCUGCCAUCGCCUUGAUCCUGGAGGUGGACAAGGCGGGCGAGGAGCAGGGCGAGAUGGUGUUGACCGCCCUGGUGAAAGCUGGCCGUCUGGUGGUUGGCCAGUUCUUUGUGGUGGGCACUUCCUUUGGCCGCAUCACGAACCUUUCGCUGGCCGCCGGCGUGGACCGAAACCGGCAUUGGUCCAAGUGCGAGACCGCCACCGUGGGUGUGGCGGUGCAGCUGACCGGUGUGCGCACACGACUGGGUGGAGACUGCGCUGUGGAUGACUUACUGUUCUCGCUGCCCCGCGAGCGUGCGUGGCGCUUGUGCGAACACCGGCAACGCAUCGAGCAGCUCAUGGCUUGUCAGGUGGCGGGCCCACCGUUGGAGGUGGCCUGGGAGAGUGACGCCACCAUUGAGGCGAGGACGCAAGCAGCCUUUGAGCGAGAUGAGGUGACGCAGCCAGAAGCCCACUCAGGCACUGCCUAUGAGAGACGCUGGCAGCAAGCUGCAGUGGAGGAGGUCUCUGGCCUCGCGGCGACGCCCACCUUCGACCCGGUGCCGCGGCGCGACUUCGCCCGGCGUGUGCCGCUCACGGGCGCGCUUGAGUCUCCAGAGACACGGCCGGAUCCCCGUGCCUCACGCUUCCAACUUCUUUCGCCCAAAGAGGAGGAGGAAGACGUGGAAGAGCCGAUCCCAGCCAGCACCGGCGGCCGCAAGUCCUCGCGGAGGACGACGGCUCGGCCGGUGGCCACAGGUGCUUGGUCUGCGGAUCCGGCCACGGUGGCGCCGGAGAGGGACUUCGUCUACUACAUGGAUCGAAAGGACUGGUCCGAAGAGGCCCAGAUUGACAGCGGUCGGGUCCAGGCUCGUUGGCAGUUUCGAGACGUGGCGCGCUGGGAGGAGGAGAAGCGCAAGGCUCAGUUGCGGGACGAGGAGAAGCUCAUGACGGAGCGCUUGCGACAGGAAGCCUUCGGGGAGACGCCUGAGGCCGAAGAGGCAAAUGAGGAAGAUGAGCUGGAUAUGGCGGAUGACUCUGAAGGAGAAGAACCUGUGCAGCCACUUCCCCGCAAGGCGAGGGUGGUCCCCAUCAUCUUGAAGACCAAGAGUGUGAGCCAAUUUGACAUGUUGAUGGAGGAAAUUGAGCGUGUUGGUGCCAUCGCAGGACUGCGCAUCGUCAUCGUGCACGGAGGUCUUGGCCCCGUCAUCCCCAAGGACGUGGUCCAUGCAGAAGUGGAGAAACGCUAUGGUUAUUGCCCAAUCUAUGCGUUCCAGGUUGGCGUGAAUCCCGCAGCCUCUGGUCAAGCCGCCGCAGAGCAGAUCGACAUCCGCAGGUUCAACGUCUUCACGGAGCUGUUGGAAGAUUUGAUGGAGCGCUGCGGCCGCAUCAACCAGAAGAAGGAAAUGCAACAGUACAUCAAUUCCCUCAGGCAGCAUAUUACACCGCCAGCGACCUGA